GAGAACAUUUCGUAUAUGCUUACGUUCUUUCUAACGAGAAAAAUUAAUAAACCGACGAAAGAUAAUUUAUCGAAAGUGGAUUAGUUAAUUAAUGGCGAAUUAUAAAGUCGUCUCUUCAACGAAUAAAUUCUGUUAUCUUCGAUGAAUCAUACAAACAAAAUCUUCGACAUAUAUCUAGAUCCUUUUUCAAAUGUAAUUGUAGUAGAUAAUUUAAGGUGUAUAUGCACAGCGAAAACAAUAAAGAAUGAUAAACAAUAGAACGGAUCAAGUGUAAAUAAAGUGAACGUCGAAAAAUUACUAUUAUUUAACUUGCUUGAUAUUCGUCCUUGAUAGUCAAAGAAGUGUUUAAAUGGUCAUCAUCGAGUGUACCAUAAGAUUACAUAAUAAUUCCUUUUGAGAUUGGGGUCAGUCAUCAUACUAAAGUCGUCGAGCUUAUAUGUACAUUUACAUUAUGUGUUGUGUGUGUGUGUGUUUGUGUGUGUGUGUGUGUUUGUGUGUGUGUGUGUUUCUACACCUUUAGUAUACCUACUACAUAUCAGACAAUAACGAAUAAAAAGAAAAACAUUUCUAAUUACGUAUUACUUUAUUAUUUUUCAAUUAUAUUUAGGAUAUAUGUAUAAUGAUAUAUGUAUAAUGAUUAUAUUUGAUAUAUAUGUGUUAAUUGAUUAUUUUGAAAUCAUAACCUUAAAAAAUUGUAUAGAAAUUCGAUGGAAAAUCAGAUAAACAAUUAAUCAAAUAAAAUUCUUUUAUACGAUGGAAAAUUGUAAAUACGAAUAAUGAUAAACGAUUGACGAGUUUAUUUCUUUAUAAUAAACUUCAAUUGUCGACACCUUGUAUUUUAAGUACUUAUUAAUAUAACACGUACGCCGUAGCGUAGUUUGUCUUCGCCCAUGUGCCGCAUUCAGUCGUACGUAGUUUAUUACGUAUAUAAUUAAUUAAACAGAUGUUCCAAUUGUGGAGAUUAAUUAAUUUAUUGUGCUAUUAAGUGAUCCUUAAUGCAGUCUUGUAUCCUAUUAAUAUUUCUUUUAAUUCGUUUGUAAAGAAUUGUAUUAAUAACGUGUAAGUUUAUGCGAAGUAAUGCGCGAGUUUCUGUGAAGAAAAAAUUUUAUAUAAAAUGGCAAAUUUUAUAGAGUUAUUAAAUUUUUUUCAACAAGAUGAUAAACAAUAUAAUGCAUUUUUGAAAGAUUUAUUAACAUUUGACGAUGAUAUACCGUUUAAAACAGAAGAGAUAAAUACGAUAAAUAAUGCUAUUAUAUCGACGAUUAAUAUUCAAUUAAAUCAAACUAAUACUCGAUAUAAUGGUUUGUUUCUUUUAAAUGCAUAUUUACCAAAAUGUUCAAAAGAUACAUUGUUAAAGUAUGGUAUAUUGUGGAUAACAAAAGCUACUCAAGUAGUGGAAAAUAUUUACAGUAAUCCUAAACAUCUGACGAUAGCUUGUAAAGUUAUUGGAAAUUUAAUUACACAAUGUAAGACUAUUCCAGAAUUACACAAGCAAAUAUCAAUGCAAAAUGUUAAACAACUUUUAAGUAUUUUGGAUAAUCUGGAAACUAUGACAAUUUAUGGGGCUACGUAUUAUCUACUUGCUACUUUAUUAUAUCAUUAUCCUGAAGUUUGUGAACGAUUUCAGAUAUUAAUUAGAAAGAUGAUACUCCUUCUAGUAGAUGCUUCUCAAGCUAAUUUAGCUGAAGCUGGAGCAAAAUGUUUUGCUCUUUUAGUUAGAGCAACAGAGCGUACUUUUAAACCACCUCAGACAAAGCCGUUUUAUACAUGUUGGACAUAUAAUCAAGCAUUAAUCUGCAACAGUUUGCAUGAUAUAAUGGAUAAUCUUUUUUCUAAUUUAUUAGAAAUCGAAAGUGUAGAUAUUUGGGAUAAAUUGGAAUUAUCGAGUAUAUCAGAAGAAAAUAUAGUAGAGUAUUAUUCUAAACAAAAACAAAGGUUUACGAACUUAUGUAUAUACUUAUGUACUAUGUUACGUGGAUGCGAAGAGAAAAAUUCUGUAUUACCCGAUGAUAUUCUAAGAAUAUUAUGUCGAGGUUUAGCUAUUAGACCUAUGAAUUUGAGAAGACAAAAUUCUUUUAAAGAACAGAUAUUAUAUCUUAUUCUUCCCAAGUUACAUAUUAGUUUAUUCAAUGUUUUAAGUGCUCUUAUAGAGGGCUUCAAAAAAGAAUUAAUACCAUUUGGUUCAACGAUUUUACAAUUAUUUCAUCAAGCAUUAAAAUGGUCGGGGAAUGUGUUAGAAGAUCAAGAAACAAUUGCUAGUAGUAAACCAUUUAAAAAUAUAAGAUUGUCUGUAUACAAAUGUCUCUCAUUAUGGUUAAUAACUAACAACUCGUUAUCAGGCAUUGAAACAAUCAUAGAUGAAUCUCUUUCUUCUAUACUUAGAGACAUAAUUCCAGAAAGAGAUCGUGUAGUUCUGACUGCUCAAAAUGCAACAAAAAAUUUAUCGAAGAAAGCCUUGAAACGUUUUAGAGACAGUCAAUAUGAAAAAAAUUCGGCUUUAAAUAAUACAGUUGCAACUAAGAAAAAUCUAUAUUUGGAUGCAGAUUUAUGUAUAGAAGCUCUUAUGACUUUACAAAAUAUUUUAUUUAGUACUAGUACUUGCUUGAAAACAACACUUUACACAAACAUACAAAGUGUUGUUAUUCCACUUUUGUAUAAAUAUUAUCUUGGCUCACCUACAGAGACUUUCUAUAAGGAAAGAGCAGAAUGCCGUUUACAACUGUUAAAAAUAUUGAAAGAUUUGCAAUUAAAUCCACAUGAAUCGUCUGCAUCUUCAACGCAACAUGCUAUACAAAUUUUCGAAAUGGCUCUUAAUGAUUCUGAUUUACAUAUUGUUCAGGAAGCUCGAUGUGCAUUAUCAGAAUUAGAAAAAAUUAUACAUCCUCUUGCACCAACUUUAUCUUUACCUAGAACUGAGGAAAUAUCAAAUGAACGUGAUGAAAUUUGUACUACUGUGUCGAACGAACAAGAAAAUAUAUCAAAUGAAGAAUUUGCACCACCAUCGAACAAGCGAUCAAAAGUAAUAAGUAUUGUUACAUUAAAUUCUGACGAGAGAGUGCAUUUAGAUUCAGGAGAUAAUGUUACAGCUAAAGUAAUAGAAAAAUCAACAAGUAUAGAUUCUUCUAAAUUAGAAGAUAGCUCUUUACAAAAAAGCAAAUGUAUUGUAAAUGAAGUAUCAUUUAUAGAAGAAAGAAAUAAUGAAAAAGAUGCUGAAGCUGAAUUGCAUAAUAGUUUACGAAUAGACCAAAUGCCUGAUGAAAUAGAAGAUAAACAAUUAGAGAACAUGGAGAUAAAAUCAACAGAAUUGGAUGUCGAAGAAAUUUCUGAGAUAGAUCAUCCUACCAAUCUUCAACAAAGAGAUAACAAUUUGGAAACUUUGGAAGAGAAGGAGGAUGUAUUAAUGGAUGACGAAAAACAGAUGUUACUCACUUUUCAUGACCAACUAAAAGAUAAUUAAAUACGAUUUUACAAAAGUAUUUUUUAAUUUCUAUAAAUAAACAUUGUUGUUUAUAUAAUAUCAAUUUUUUUAUUAUAAUCAUGUAUCAUACAAAUGAUUUAUGAUAAAUUGUUAGUUUUACCCAAAAGUUGGUUUCAUUUUGGGAACAAUAUUGUUAAUAUUUUUAAUAUUUUUAAUGGGUUUUUCUAUUACAUUUUUAGCAUCUGUGCCAACAUUAUUUACUACUUGAGAUGUAGAUUUAAAUAAACUACAAGCUGGUGAUUGUAAUCGUCCAGAAAGGCCAGUCCAUAAACCCAUUUCACAGUAUCUAAUAAUAAUAGAAAUAAUAAUUAACGAAUACGAUUUUUAUGAAUACUAUUGUAUUGGUCGAAUUUCAAUGGAAUCAUACCUAAAAUUUUCCAUCAUUUUUGGUACAGAAUUAAUACUAACGAAGGAAUUGCUUUCAGAAAAAUUUGGCACAAUUUUUGGUAACCAAGUAUUGUUUUUCAAUUGAAUUGAUAUAUCUAGUUUACCGGUUCUUGCAAAAUUUGAGAUCAUGCCUGUGAAUAUUUCUGUUACAUGUUCAUCUAUCUCAUUUGUUUUAUCUAUGGCACUUUUUAUUUUUUCACCGACUAUAUUGUUACGAUCAAAAAUGUAUCCCAAAUCAUCCCCAUGAUUUAUACCUGUAAAGUAUAUAUCCUUUGGCUCAUUUAAAUUGAUUAUUUCAAUAAUGUCUGUUAUCAUUUAUUUUUUUUUUUUUUAUAAAUAGUACCUUUUAAACUUUGUUUUGCGUCGACAAUAGGUAAUCCUGAGAGAAAAUCUUUACUGUAACAUCGUUCGCCGUCAUAAUCGAAAC